GUCCAGUACAAUGUGCAAAUGGAUGCUGACAAAUGGUGCCUCCGCCUGUUCCCACCUGCCUCGCCGCUGCCGCCGCCGCUGCUGCCUCCUGCUGCUGCUCCUCGUGUCUUCCGUGGCUGUCACCUGCCAUGACCUCGGCCAGGACAUGCGGUACCCGGCGGCCACCAACUCUUCUUCUUCUUCUUCUUCCUCCUCCUCCUCCUCCUCUUCCUCUUCCUCGUCCUUCUCCUCGCCUCCCAGUGCGGGGAGACACGUGCGGAGCUACAACCACCUCCAGGGAGACGUGCGCUGGAGGAAGCUCUACUCCUACAACAAAUACUUUCUCAAGAUCGAGAAGAACGGCAAGGUCAGCGGGACCAAGAAGGAGAACUGCCCCUACAGCAUAUUGGAGAUAACAUCUGUGGAAAUUGGAGUUGUUGCAGUUAAGUCCAUUAACAGCAACUAUUAUUUAGCCAUGAACAAGAAAGGAAAAGUCUAUGGCUCUAAAGAGUUUAACAGUGAUUGUAAACUGAAGGAAAGAAUAGAAGAAAACGGAUAUAACACAUAUGCAUCCUUAAAUUGGAAGCACAAUGGAAGACAAAUGUUUGUGGCCUUGAAUGGAAAGGGAGCUACAAAGAGAGGACAGAAAACAAGGAGAAAAAACACCUCAGCCCACUUUCUUCCAAUGGUAGUAAUGUCAUAGAGAAGGAACUGUUUAUUAAUGCAGUUGAACCAAAGGCCCUUUUUGUCAAGUAUUCUGGGUAAUCCUCUUGAAGGGUAAAUGCAAAGAAACAGUGCAGACGUCUGCUUGUUUGAAAAGCAGGGGGUGGGGGGAAGCCUUUGAAGGUUUUGUACUCACUGCUGGCACAUGAAGUACUUUUAAUCAGUUCUGUGUCAUGUCUUAUAAUCAAGAUACAAGCUGGAUCAAAUGGGAUAGGAGUUAUUCCCAGUGUGAACAAUGUUUUUUGUUUUGUUUUUUAUCUCUGCGAUAGAAUUUAAAGGACGUGAGACAAUCUGUUGAAUGAUCUUCGGGGAAAGUUAUUUAUGGAAUACUAACUCAUAUCAAAGACCUUCAUUGCUCAUUCAAGCCUAAUGAUCCAAUGAACAGUUAGACACGCAAGCAUUUACUGGAAGCACUUGGGUCAUAUGCACAAAAGAAGUUUCUGGAGUAGCCUCAUGGAAGAAUGAAUAGGAUUAAGAAAUAUAAGCACAUUAGAGUAAAACUGUUCUAACAAAACGAAUAGUAUGGUCUGUCUGUAUAUUCUAACUUCAGUUCUUUUUAUUUCUCUCUAAGUUAUUUAUUUAAUAGGAUGUUAAAUAUCCUUUUUGGGUUUAAAUGUUUUUUCUCAUUUGAUUCCUUGUUUUUUUUUCCUUUUCUCAGCUUUUCAUACAGAGGUUGAUGGAAAAAAAUUUCAAAACCUCAUGAACUGAGACUAGUAAAUGGACAAGGUUUUAAAGGCAGCAGUUAAUGUGUUUAAUCUGUUUUCUUCUAACCUGGUUUGCACUUAAGCAAAAAGACCCAACAUGUAGUGUUUGGAUUUUUGGCAUGCCUUGGGUGUGUUUAUGUCUGUGAGACCUCCUACCUGCCAUCACUCACGAACAAACUUCAAGAAAUAUGUUGUAUGAAGGGUCACGCUGCUGUUAUGAAAUGGACAGAGAGAGGUAAAUCUGUGUUUGUGUGUAUGUAUGUGCAUGUGUGCGUGUACACAAAUGUGUGUGAGUAUACAAAUGUGUGCGAGUAUAAGUGUAUUCAGCUUUCAUUGAUUUCUAUUUGGAACUCAAUUAGAACCUUGGGUCUGAUCCUAAAUCCAGUGCAAUCAGAUGAAAUCUUUCUGCUGAUUUCAGUGGGUUUUGAAUCAAGUCCUGAACGUGGACCCCACCCUACCCCCAUUAAAAUCAAUGAGAUUGCAUAAAUUGAAGAAAGAACAGAAUUAUCCUAUAAGAACGUUUGAGGUCAGAAAAUCCUAUGAGAAAAUUUGGCCCUAAAGUGGUAGGUAAAGAAGAGCAUAAUUUUGCAUUCCUUAUAGUUAACACACCUAUUCAACACUAUUAUCCAUGUUACAAGCUCCUACCGUCAUGUAUGUUCACUGAGAGUGGUAUUGGAGUAAAGAAUAGGAUCUAACACAUGCUAAAGUAUAUUAUUCUCAUGCAUGUGACAGGAGAGCCAACCCUAAAGCAACAUUAGUGUCCAGAUUUAGAAUGCCUUUCGUAUACAUCAUAAUAAAAAGUGACUCAGAAAACAAAACUAUUCAACACUUUUUGGAAAGUGUUAAUUACUCCCACAGCUUAAUUUGAACAAAUACAAUAUAGCUAAGUUGAACAUACUAUGAAGACUGUUCUUCUUAAAAGGUACAUAAGGUUUGUUUUUAUUUAACUUUUCUCUGUGAUUUUAGAGAGCUCUGGAUAGCUCAUCAGUAUAACCAUAUUGAGAUUCAUUUUGUUAGAGCAGGUAAAUAGAGAACAAUACAUCAACCAACAUGUACCACUGUCUUCACAUUGUAUUCCACUAAAUAAAUAAGCCUUCUUUGCAGUGUCUGUAGUGAGAAACAAAAAGUAGUAUAAUAUUAUUUUGUUCUAAAUACUUUAAGUGAUACCUAUGAGAUUAUAUUGAUGCUGCAGUUUUAUCUUCAAUACUUCCUGUUGUGAAAAAAGUUGGUUUUAUUUUUAUUGUUUGGAAACUGUAUUUUGGUACACGGAGAGUCUUGCUUAACAUUCUUUUUAACAAAGUUAAACCUCUAGAAAGGCUGGUGUUGUGAUCUUCUAUAACUUAUUUGAGUCAAUGCUUAACCAGCACUUCCAAUGUUUAUGUGUUAUUUAAGUAUUAGGUGUAAAAACAGAAGCUUUCCGAUAAAGUACAAAAUGGUCAUUUUGCAUUUCCUGUUCCUUAAAUAACGUUGGCUGUUUUAAAAUAAAAAUGUCAUUUGAGGCACAGCAUUUUGGCUGCUAGAUAACAUUGUAUUUCAUGACAGUUUAUUUCCAACCUA